UGGUCAGUAUGGGGUGUGCUGUAGCUCGCGUCCUGCGUCCGCGCCUGCGAACUGUUGCCUGCGUUCACCCUCGCGGAGGUCACCAGGAGCGAUGAAGACGCGCCGGCGUCGCGGCGGACCUUGCCGCGGCUAUUGGAACUGGAUCACUUGGACGUUUUGUGCAGUGUUGAGUGUAGUGGGCGGGAGCGUGGCUUCACCAGAUAAUCUGAAGCUGGUCUGGCUCUCAAACUCCUCGCUGACCUGCAAUGAUGGCUCUCCGGCUGGGUAUUACAUACGAAGGGGCAGCGACACGCAGCAUUGGGUAGUGUACUUAGAAGGAGGUGGAUACUGCUGGGACUCGACGUCAUGCAGUGCGCGUUGGCGACGCCGGCCCGGGCUCAUGUCCUCCUCGCGCUGGCCCCGCACACGACGAGCCCCCGCCCUGCUCUCCUCAGAUCCAGCCACCAACCCUCUGUGGCACAACUCUAACCAUGUUUUACUGCCCUACUGCUCUAGCGACAUGUGGGCAGGUACUCGCGUCAGCAAGCUCAAUACAACGAGUACCUUCGCAUUUGCUGGAAGAUAUAUCGUUCGUGCAGUACUAUCAGAACUGAUUCAGCACGGACUCUCUGGCCGACUGCUUUUGGUCGGGUCCAGCGCUGGGGGCGCAGGCGUUAUGUUCCAUGCCGAUCCUGCGAGGAGAAUGCUUCGAUCACACGGCGUUCGAGUAGCCGCAAUCGCCGACUCAGGAUGGUUUCUAGACCGACCGGCAAGGGCUAGGCGAGUCUCGGCCGACACCGUCGCUAGACUUGGUCACAGUCUUUGGAAGGGUAACCCGCCGUCAUCUUGCGUCCGGAAAUACCCCAAGGAGCCGUGGCUAUGUUAUUUUGGAUAUAGGUUAUAUCCACAUAUACGAACCCCACUGUUUGUAUUUCAGUAUUUAUUUGAUUCGGCUCAACUAGCGGCUGAAGGUGUUCGUGCUCCAAGGACUAGGGCACAGUGGGAUGCCGUACACGCUACUGGAUCUGCUCUACGAUCGAGUCUCAAAAGUGUGCGUGCAACAUUUGCGCCUGCUUGUUUGGCGCACGGUGCACUAGCUCGACCAGAGUGGCUGGCAAUAAACGUAUCUGGAAUAUCGUUGCCGAAAGCAAUACAAUGUUGGGAGCAGCGACUGGGGAAUGGAGGACGGCGAGCGCGAGAGGGGUGCGCUCCGCGGCGGCUCAUUGAACGCUGCUCAUGGCCUCAAUGCAACGGCUCAUGCCCUCGUCUUCGUGAUCCGAGGACGGGCGAAGAAGUGGCUCUGGCAUCUUUACUUCAAAGUUUUGGCUUGGACGUCAGUGGAGCCGCUGCUGCUAUGGGCUUAGAUGCUCGGGCUUUGUCUCGUAUGAGUCGCGCAGAACUUCUACCGCUUUUAGCGCCACACACUUGACUGAGGCUUAUGUUUUAGAAGACUUUUUGUGCUACGGCACGGUGAAUCUACCUCGUUACUUGUUGCGGAAGUA